AUGGGCAUGCUACGGGAAUCGCAUUCUGCUGACGCCAACAACGACGACCAUCUCAAACAUGACAAAAAGGAUGAUUCCGAUUUUCUUCUUUUAUUGCUUCUUCUACUCAUCUUCCCCGUUGUAUUUCUGGUAUACUUGUUGACUCGCUACUGCCGCAAUUACAGCUACCGUCGCCUGGCGAGGAGAAUAAAGCUGUGGGGCUCGGGACAGCCCGGGGAUGUGGAUGCUCUUGAGAUGGGUCGUGCUAUUGGCGGUGGCGAGUGUCUGACAGAGCGAAAACGCCAGGAGGGAGAUCCAGUGGAGGACAACAAUCUUCUUCUGGACAUUUCCAGGCCCGUGGAGGAGUUUGACCCCAUACGUGCGGAGGCGGAGAAACACAAGAAGCGGUGGCAGCGUUCCCGCGAUCUCGGUGAUGCCGAAAGCUGCAACACCGAGGAGUUGGAUGCUGAGAAGGACGCCACAGCUGAUGCCACAGAUGACGGUGCGGCAGCGAGAGGAUCCGCAGGUUCCGGGGCGUACGAUGCGGCAACGACGCGUGUGUGGCUGAGGAAUCUUGUCAGUGGAACAUAUGCCAAUGCGGACGGCACGGGCGUCGUGCAUGACGUCGGAGCGGUACCAAAGACCGCCGCGACUGACCAGAGCGGGGAAACCGGCGCCGGCCGUCAACUUUACAAGGCGAGCAGCGGCGACGGGCAACAGGGUCAAUUUCUGCGUGGCGGAUCAACGGGCCGCAGUUUUGAAGAAAUUUUGGCAAGUCUUGCGCCGGCAAUUCACGAAAAGGGCUGUGCCAAACAAGAAGGCCCUGCGGUCACUUCCGAGGCCGACGAGGAAGUGGAGGAGGAGGAUGAGGAAGAGGAAGGAGCGGAUUCGAGUGUGUUCAGCAGGCGGUAG